AUGACUGCAACACUGCCGUCAAUAUCGGCCCUCGAGAUCAUCGAGCUACAGAUGAUGAUAUUCAGCAGUCAAGAUGGGUCUGACCUCGUUCGCGCCUCACUCGAAUAUAUUGAGGAAAAACGCAAGUUUGACGAGGCAAGACGCAAGCUAGAGGAGAACUUAUGCAAGCUAAAGGGGGAAAGACGGAGGCUAAAAGAGGAAAUACAAAAGCCAGAGGAUGCGAGGACGGCCAAUCCUAAGUCUUCGGUCUCUAUCGUCGUUCCGAGGAAUACACACGGUGUUGAGGAAAUACCCGUGCUAACAGCCAUGCGCAAGAUCGAUCUCGCUCACCUACCCAAGAUCAAAGCCGGCCACACACGUAUCCGUGUCGAAUACGAGGACUAUUUCGACGCGCUACAUGAUCUAAGCGCGACAUUCCAGGGCGUCCGCUUGCCCCAUGGUUGGCCUCGCGGCCUCAACAACAUCUAUUGUGAAAUUUGCGAAAGAUUCCACACACGCUUACGGUUUGAGCAUCUCCAUCCAGCCGUGCGAUUCUUGGAAGACGCAAAUAUUUGUAUCCGUGGGCAGGGGACAAUUUUGCUCUUCAGGUUUUGCAUGUUCGAUACUCCCGAAGCGCAGCGAUCCUGCUACGAUCAUUACUGUAAAGAGACGAUUGUAUUUGCAAAGGAUCUGAUCAAGGCCGUCCAUUCGAUGGACAGUGGUGGCUUCAGUACAAAAUCUUUUCGAGUCCGAUUACGACCAAGCUUAUCACACCGUGCGGAACACAAGGGCAGAUUUCAUGAGAUAGUGGCAAUGGUCAAUCAGGCAGCAAUCACCGUGGACGAGUUGAUGAGCGGAAUGGACAUAUGGCGCCCGGUUUCCAUGGAGGACUCUGACUAG